AUGGAUCGAUUGGACAUGAUGGAAAACAUCGACGGCCGUCGGGUGAUGACGAACAAGCCGCGCAUCGAAGUUCACUCCUCGUCGUCGGACGACAGCGACAGGGACAGGAAGAGGGAGGAGGAUGAAGCACAGCAGGACGAAGUAGCCGAGGCGAAGAAGACGCCCCCGCUGGGUUGGAAUCACAAUCACCACGAAGCGGCCGGCGGCGUUGGCAAUAACAAGAGGCGGCUUCUAUCGAAGCAGCUGUCAAUGAAGGAGACCACCAGGGAGGCCAAAUGGGAGAAGCGCCGGCGGCAGAUACUGCGGCGCAGCAGCAUGGUAUCGGUAAACGACGACGGAGGAGGCGGUGGCAACAAGAGCGCCGUCGAGGAACGGCAUCAUCAUCAUCAUGUUAUGAGGUCUUCGUCGGAGCGCGCAAUGAGGUGCCUGACCGACGAGGACCUUGACGAGCUGCGGGGCUCCUUCGAGCUCGGGUUCGGAUUCUACGAGGAGACCGGCGGCGCCCACCUCCGCGACACGCUCCCCGCCCUCGAAUUCUACUUCGCUGUGAACCGGCAGCUGUCGGACCCCAAGCUGCGGACGCUGGCGGCGGCGAGCCCCACGUCGACGCUGUCGGCCGUGUCAUCGUCGUCCACGCUCCCCGACAUCCCGAGCCCACGCAGCCCCAACGCCGGCGCAACCGCGUCCGGCGGAGCCGACGCAUGGAAGAUUUUUACCCCAGGUGACAACCCUCAGCUUGUGAAGACGAGGCUGAGGCACUGGGCGCAGGUGGUGGCUUGCUCCAUCAAGCACGGCUAA